CCAAAUUUAAAACAAACAUGCUUUUGAUCUGUCAUCCAAAAUGUAUCUGUCACUGUAGACGGUGAUGAAAAAACUUUCUUCCAUCAAUAAAUAAAUUUAUUUAAAAAUUUAUUUACAAAAAGUAAAAUUAAGUUGUAUCUGAUCUGAAGCACAUGUGAAAACAAGUCGACCAUCCACAUCAAACUGCCCUACAAUUUCUACUUUAUUGCUUGCUUUUUUAAAAAAUAAAUAAAAUGUCUGAAUCCGACAACAACUACUCCAGCGAUGACGAACAAGUCUCAAAAACCCACAACAAACUUCUCCAAGCUGUUGGUAACCUUAGCAAAAUCCAACACAUCAAAAAAGUCGCACGAAAAGAACCAUCCGCCAAACAAAAUGAAUUCGAUUUGGUUAAACCUCGUCUCGAACUACCCAAAAGAAUACUACCAUCAAAAAGCCCUGUCAGUGUUGUAGAUCUAGUAAAUACCUUAAAAGGAACUAGUAAACAUGUUAACGUUGGCAAAGAGCUAAAAAAUGUGGCCAAUACAGGUAAAAUUCUGCCCAAGCCAAUGGAAAAACCCGAAGCUGAUCGUGUUUUGCGUUCUAUAAACUAUGACAAAACCAAAAAGCAAUUACAACGUUGGGAUGCUGUCGUAGCACAAUUUCAAUCUGCCGAAUCCCAAACAUUUCCACUUGAUUCUGAGACGGUUUACAUUAAUACCGCAAGGUUAAAGAAACCUUUGCAAUUGUCCAUGAAAUCAGAGCUGCAAGUUGCAAUGGAAGAGGCUGAAGCCAAACUUCGUGCUUUAAAAGGUGAAAAGAAAGAUGAAAUUACUGAUGCUGAUUUGCUAAAUGAGCAAAUGAAAGCGACAAAAGAUGAAAUUAAGAAACGUCGUCAGGAAUUACUUUACAUGAAAAUGCGUCAAUCUCAAAAAUCUGCCAAAUUAAGGCUACAAAAUAAGAUCAAGUCAAAAAAAUAUCAUAGAUUGCUGAAGCAACAAAAACUCAAAGAACAGCUCAAGGAUUUUGAGACAUUGCAAAAACUCGAUCCUGAGGCUGCUCUCGAGAAACUCCAAAGUUUGGAGAAGAAUCGUAUUUUAGAACGUGCCAAUUUGAGGCACAAAAAUACAGGUACUUGGGCUAAAAACAAUCUUGUUAAGGCAAGAUACAAUCGAGAUGUACAGAAAGAUUUGUCGGAACAAUUGGCUUUGAGUCGACAGUUGACAGAGAAGAAGGAUGUCUCAGAAGAUGAGGAUGAAGACGACGAGAAAGUAGAUGAUAUAGUCAAUGACAAUUUUGAUAAUGAUUUGAAUCCUUGGAUGCAGGCAAAUGGAAAGAAAAGCGAUAUCAAACCGGAAGAUGUAGUUGAGGUUGGAUAUAGAAAGUAUUGGAUGGAGCGUAAGGAAAAUGAGAAGAAACUACAAAAUCAUAAAGCCUUACUGGCGGAAGACUCAGGAAUCGGUGUAGAAAUGGAAGAAGUUGACCCGAAAGAAGUCAAGACAAUUCAAAAGUCAUCAGUCCAAAAUAAAGUAGCAGCAAAGAAAGAGUUGCAAAAAGAUAAACAUUCAAUUAUGGCAAAGAAAGGAGAUAUAACUUUGAAAAAGAAGAAAAAUAAAAGUAAAAAAAAGCUUGACUCGAAGCCAGUUAUAGAAAAUGGUUGGAUAGUCGAGGAUGUCAAAUGUGAAGAUCCUGAAGCAGAUAUUCACAGCAUCGAUAAAUUGUUUGAUAAAGCCGAAGAUGCUGUUAUGGAAAAAAUCACAAAUAGACAGAAAAAGAUUCAAAAGCAACUUGAAAAACAAUCGUUAAGAAAAAAUAAAACCAAAACACGUCCUAAAAAAGAAAAGAAUGAGUUGAAAAAUUUGGAAGAUUUAAAAUUCAAAAAACAAACGAUACGAGUUGAUAUCGAUGAGCAAUUGCUAGAAACGGCAAAGGGGGCAAAGGUCGCAGAUAUACCAACCGUAGCAAAACCAACCAGUGGUAUUGUUCCUGCUCCAAAAGAAGGUCCAAGUGUGGAUUCGAUUAAGCACGACAAUUACGCCGAUGUAAAGCCUAAAGAACUGAAAGCAUCUCUUGGUGAACUAACUAAUUGUGACGAAGAUGUGGACUUUGACGACGAUGGCGAACACGAAGACGAAGGUGUUGCAAUUGACAGGCAGGCAACUAUCAAUGAUGCAUUCGAAGACGAUGAUAUAAUGGCUGAUUUUGGAAAAGAUAAAAAUGCAGAAAAGAAAGCCCUAGCUGAUCAAAUAACUUUAACAAUGCCUGGUUGGGGUUCAUGGGGUGGAACGGGCAUUUCACAAAAAUCAAAUGAAAAGAAAAGGAAACUCGUGUUGGACUUUGGAAAAAAUGGAAAAGACAAAGCCGAUGAUCGCAAUAAGUGUCGAGUUCGUAUCAAUGAAAAUGUCGAUAACAGAAAAUUGAGAGAACAUUUAGUAUCAGAUAUUCCAUUUCCAUUUACAUCAGUUAAAGAUUAUGAAGCGAGUAUAAGAGCUCCGGUUGGAAGGAAUUUUGUACCCGAAACAGCUUUUAGGGUAUUAACUAAGCCAGCUGUAAUAACUAGGAGAGGACAUAUCAUUAAACCGAUGGAUGAAAGUGAAUUAGUUAAGCAGCCCAAGCGUGCACGAUCCGUGGUCGAGAAGAGAAUUUUGUAUGAUGCUCAUGUGGCGAAUCAAUAAAAACUUAUUUUUUGUUGGAAAAAACAAA